AUGAUCGGGGAAAGGUCGUCUGUGGAUUACAGUGAUCUUAUCUUGGAUGCAUCUGAUACACUUCGUUUGACUUGGCAACUCGAGAAGGUUUGUAUAGUGGAGUCUGAAUAUGAUAGUGAGUUCAAGUUUGAUUUUACUGAGUCUGUAAAGUUGGAGUCAGACUCGGGUUCUUCUGCUAGUUCUGAGUUGGGUGAUUCUGGGGUUGAUGACCUAGAUGCCACUGUCUUGUCUCAAUCGUCUUUUUCUUUUUCCUUUGAGUCCACUGUAUCUGCUAAGCUAGACCUAAUGAACGAGAAUCAUGUUGAUUUUUUAAAAAAGGAUGGUAGGAUUCGAGUCUGUGUUGAUUUUAGAGAUUUGAAUAAAGCCAGCCCUAAAGAUGAUUUCUCGCUGCUACAUAUUGAUGAAUUGGUAGAUUUCACUAUAGGUCAUGCUUUGUUUUUGUUCAUGGAUGGGUUUUCAGGGUAUAAUAAGAUCUCCAUGGCACCAAAAGACAUAGAGAAGACGACAUUCAAUUCCCAAUGGGGGACUUACUGCUAUUGA